CAACAUACUCUCAUACCGCAAACGCACACGCUAGCCGCCACCACCACCAUCUUCGCCGUCUCCACCGCCGUCUCCACCGAUGUUCCGCAGCUUCCGCAAGAAACCCGCAAAGAAGGACGACGAGGACGCGUCCGCCAUCCGCACGUCGCCCUCGCUGCCGGAGCUCUCCGCGCAGGGCAUCCCCUGGCCCGAGAACCUCGUCGACGUCGAGUCCAUCCGCCAGUCCACCUCGGAGCAGCCCCCGCCCCAGCACUACCAGCAGCAGUACCAGCAGCAGGGGCAGGGGCAAGGGCAGCAGGGGGGGCGGCGCGCGUACCCCGUGCAAGGUGCGGCCAAAGUUUCCUUCAGCGCGCCCGACCGUGCCCCAAUUCCUUUCCACAAACCGUUCCGCGGGCCUCCAGGGACCGCGCAGGGCGGCGCGGGCGCGAAUGCGGGCGCGAACGCCAACGGGGGCGCCAACGGGACGAUCUCGGCGCUGUACAUGUCGUCGCACCCGCCGUCGUCGUUCGCGAACUGGCGCAACUCCGCGGCCGCGUCGCACGCGCCGAGCCGCCCGAGCCAGCGUAGGGCGCGCCUGCCUACGACGUUCAACCUCAUGGUCGCGGGCGGCCAGGGCACGGGCAAGACGUCGCUGCUGCGGCUGCUGCUCGACUCGGCGGACGUCUCGCCGACGGCGACCGCGGCGCAGCGCGCGGCGCUCGCGCGCUUCGUGCGCGGGGGCGUGCGGCAGACGCGCGCGAUCGAGAGCGCGUGCGUCGAGCUGUGCGAGUCGCGCUUCGACCGGCUGCUGCUGUCCGUCAUCGACACGCCCGGGCUCGACUUUGCGGAGGGCCGCGAGCUCACGCUCGAGCGGCAGGUGUCGGGCAUCGUGAAGUAUCUGGACGAGCAGUAUGCGGAUACGAUGAGCGAGGAAUCGAAAGUCGUGCGGCAGAGCAAGGGCGACCAACACGUCCAUCUGUGCAUCUACAUCAUCGAUCCCGAUUCGAUCAUGACCGCCGGCGCCCGGCGCCAGCUCUCCACGCUCGCCCCCAAAUCGCGCUCGGAGACGACGCUCUCGCACCCGCCGCCGGACACGCCGUCCCUCACGGACGACAGCCAGGACGACUCGGACAACGAGGACGCCCCCGACGAGGCCGCGCACGAGCAGCUCACCAUGUCGCCUGCCGAGCUGCGCGUCAUCCGCCGCAUCGCCGCACGCGCGAACGUCCUGCCCGUGAUUGGGCGCUCCGACUCGCUCACGGACGAGAAGCUCAAGGCGAUCAAGGAGGCGGUGCGCAGGGACCUCGUCCGCGCGGACUUGGGCUUCGGCGUCUUUGUCCCCGCCAAGCCAAAGCCCACGGACGCCGCCACUGCCACCGCCGAGCGCCGCAACGGCAGGGACGGCACCGGCACGGACAGCGACGACGACGACGACGACAACGACGACGAUGGCAACGAAGAGGAGAAGGCGGAGCCCGCGCAGCCCGAGCGCAAGUCGCGCCCGGUGAUCAAGCUGCGCAGCGGGAGCUUCAGCAUGCGGCGCCCGAGCUCGCGCUCGCGCACCCGCCGCGAGCUCACGACCGACACGCGCGGGCCGGCGGUUCCGGACCCGCAGGACCGCGAGAGCGUCGCCAACGUGCGCUUCUCCGCGCCGGCGGUCGCGCGCGCGGACCUCAGCGCGCUGCUCCCGUUCGCGCUCAUCGCGCCCGAGCCGUCCCGCCGGCGGCACCGCCGCACGCGCGAGGCGUCCGGUGCCGCGGCUGCGGCUGCGGGGCCGUCGGAGGACGGGCACACGACCGAGUCGACGAACACGAGCGCGCUGCAGAGCCCCGUGUCGCCGUCGGGGCGGUCGGGGCGGAGCACGGCGGCUGCGGCUGCUGCUGCGCUGCCGUACAGCCAGGGCCCGCCGGAGGACCUGAAGGGCGUGUUCACGCGGACGUUCCGGUGGGGCACGGUGGACGUGCUGGAGCCCGCGCACUGCGACUUUGCGGCGCUGCGGACGGCGGUGCUGUCGACGCACAUGAAGAUGCUCAAGACGCACACGAAGGAGGUGCUGUAUGAGCGGUACAGGACGGAGAAGCUCCUCGCGCGGCGCGCGACGCAGAAGAUCGGCGAGGAGGAGACGCGGCGGCUGCUCGAGGGCGCGAUGGACGGCGCGAUCGCUGCGCCCGUGCCCGCGCCCACGCCCGCGCCCGCCUCGCACCCGCUUUCUCUCACCACGACGCCGCUCCUGUGAGCCCGCCCGCGCGCCGUCAGCCUCCCGCGCGGCGUCCGUGUUGGAUCCCGGACUACGUGUGGCGAGGCGGAGCCGUGGCGCCGUCGUCGCCGUCGCUGUAUGUAUCGAUUACUGCGCGCGCGCGUUAUACCCCCCUGAAGAAAGAAAGAAGAAACGUGCGUGCGCGCGCGCGCGUGUAUCCUCGGGCGGACCUGUAGCACCCCGCCCCUGUCCUUGUCCUUGCCUUCCCCGCGUCUGCAUUUUUUGUGAACCCCGGCCCUGUCUUUCCUGUCCUUCCUUCCCCGUUUGUUUACCCUCCUAUCCCUCCUAUCCCCUAAUUCCGACCGCUUGCUAGCUUACGUGCGUGCUCCCUCCCCGACCGACUCUGUGUUGCUGUUGCUGCUGCCUCGCGCCCUCGAUCUAUCUUCCGUUUACGUUUACCGUGUUGUCUUUUUUUUGCUUAUUCGGAUGACUGCUGGAUCUCUCACUCGUUUUUUUAUAUACUGUAUCUAUGCCCGCCCGCGCUCUAUCGAGUUGGCCACCAUUGGCGCGAGACUCCGUUGCUUAGGUUUUUUUGGCCCGCUUGCUUGGUAGGGUAGAUUGUUGAUUGGAUGCGAAUGCGACGCGGAGACGUACGCGCUUUGUUCU